AUGACGCCAACCCCCUCUUCGAACCUUCAAUGUCGUACACGGCCCAACUGGCUGACGAGCCACCGUGCGACCAUCAAUUGGCAACGCCACAAGAGCAAGAGCUACAAGAGCCAGGCUUUCAUCGCAGGCCCACCCAAUCAACCGUUCGAAUAGGUCUCCACCACUCCCGCAAACCUCAUGGCAGCCAGACAGCGCGUUGUACUCUAUGCCUAUGCUGACUGGUUUCUUGACUGUUCUUCUACCGCAGCUCCUGUCCACACAGAUCCCGACAAUCGUCUCAAAGGUCAACAUCGCAAUUUUUUGUUCGAACCGUACUGCAACUGGGCCGAAAGCAAGCUCAAGACGGGUAUCAGAAUCAAUGCGAAAGCGAAUAUGGGAGUCGUCGAUCAAAUGCGGCUGCAAGGCGGCGAUAACCGUCUCUUAUACCACGAUAACCCCAGAGUCUACCAUGUCAUGGUUAGACUCCACAAAAUCAUGACCCUUACUUAUCCGAGUGCCUCCUUCGAUCUCGACUCUCAACUACGGUUCAGCUUUGUCUGGCUUUCCGAGUUUCUUUCCAAGGGGCUUGAAUGGAGCCAAGAGUGGAGAUCGAUGGAGGUGCUCGGAUGA